AUGAGAGAAGGGGAACGAGAUGCCUGGCGAACGUUGAUGGGAUGUGCCGUUGAAAGGUGUAGCUUCGGAGAACUUGCUCUGCUCUACCUCGUCCCUCGUGCGGCCACAGUGGUCGCCAAGGAAGACUCGGUGGUGUGGGUCAUCGAUCGAAAGAACUUUAAGGACAUCUUGAUGAAAGUCUCAGAUGAGAAGAUUCAAGAGUACGUGAAAUACCUCAGCCGAGUGGAGAUCCUCAAUAGUUUGCUGGCAGCGGAGAAGCUGCAAGUGGCCAAGGCCUUGAUGGAAAAGCACUUUUCCAAGAAUGACGUGAUCAUCACACAAGGUGAUCCGGGCACCACCUUCUACAUCCUCUUCGAAGGAGAUGUGGCCGUUUCCAUCGAUGGUGAUGAAAAGGCCCGUCUGCAGGCCAGUGAGGAACGGGGCACAGCGCAGUACUUCGGGGAGCGCGCCCUGUUGCGCAACGAGCCCCGCGCCGCCACGGUACGGGUGGUGUCCAAGGAUGCCAAGGCCUUGGCCCUGGACAAGGAAGCCUUUGAUCUGCUUCUGGGGCCUUUAGAGGACAUCAUGGCGCGGAAGGAGCUGCCAGGCGGCGGCGGCACCAAAGCGGUGGCACCCCCGGCAGGAGGCCUUCAUGGAGGUCGAGACCCCAGCAGACCGAAGAUCCUGAUGAGCGACCUUCAGAAGGUUGGGCUGUUGGGCGCUGGCGGCUUUGGAGCGGUGGAGCUGUGGGAACAUAAAGCCACGCAUGAGACCUACGCCAUGAAGUGUAUUAGCAAAGGCUUCAUCGUGAAGACCGGCAUGCAGGAUAGCGUCAUCACAGAGAAGAACAUCCUCUUCAUGACGAACUCGGACUUCAUCAUUCGGCUUUAUGAGACCUACAACAGCAAGCAGAGUAUCUACUUCUUGAUGGAGCCUGCCUUAGGUGGAGAGCUCUACUCCAUGUACCAGCGGAAAGGUUUCUACGGCAGCGAGAAGCACGCCAAAUUUUACACCGCCGGAGUGCUGUGUGCCUUCGACCACUUGCACGAACGACAUAUCAUCUAUAGGGACUUGAAGCCUGAAAACCUCCUCCUGAACGAGAAGGGUCAUCUCAAGGUCACCGACAUGGGCUUAGCCAAGUUCGUGAUCGGUAAGACCUAUACCACCUGCGGAACUCCGGACUACUUCGCACCGGAGGUCAUUGCAUCCACCGGCCACACCCACGCGGUUGACUGGAAAGGGAUCAGUGCUGUGAAAUUCCCUCCGCAGCUUUCUCCACAAUGUGUUGACAUCAUCAAGGCGAUAUGCCAAAAGGAGCCGGCAGAUCGGCUGCCAAUGCUCACGGGCGGAUCGAAGAACAUCAAAUCACAUGCAUGGUACAAGGGCUUCAAUUGGGACAAGUUCCAAGAUUUCACCCUAGAAGCUCCAUUCCUUCCGAAAGUGAAGAGCAAAAAAGACUUAGCCAACUUCAGUGUCCAUCCGGACGAGUUGCCUCGCUUCAUUGAAUAUGUCGACGAUGGCUCCGGCUGGGACAAGGAUUUUGCCACAUGUUGACGUGUUGAGUUUCAAUGAUCAUCUCUUUGGCUUAGCCAACAGAGAACUCUGCAACCGCUGAAGC